AUGUGUGGAAUUACGGCUUACAUAAACUAUCUCGAGCCUAAAGAUCGCAAGACUAUUCUUGAAUAUCUACUUACUGGUCUUCAACGAUUGGAAUAUCGAGGAUAUGAUUCUGCAGGUGACAUGUGUUUUUCAAAUCCUGCCGUCAUCGAACCACGAUCUGUCUUUCAUCUCUGCUUUGAUCUAUCACGGAGCUUCCCAUAUCAAUCAGCGCUUACCUGUCUUGCCAUUGAUGGUGAUCAUGAUGGCGAGGUCCUCAUUUUCCGUCAAGUUGGAAAGGUCGGAGCAUUGAGAAAGUCAAUUGCUGAUAACAAGGCUCUCGACUUGACUGCUACCUUCAACUGCCAUACCGGAAUGGCUCACACUCGUUGGGCAACACACGGUCAACCAUCAGAACGAAACUCUCACCCUCACCGUUCCGACCCACGUGCGGAAUUCACCGUAGUCCACAACGGUAUCAUCACAAACUACAAGGAAUUGCGGACUGUAUUAGAAAAGAAGGGAUAUGUAUUUGAAAGUGAUACUGAUACUGAAUGUAUUGCCAAAUUGGCCAAGUAUGUCUAUGACAGUCAAAAGGGAAACAAGGGCUUGUCAUUCACUGCUUUGAUCAAGGCUGUUGUUAAGGAAUUGGAAGGUGCCUUUGCCAUGAUAUUAAAAUCUACUCACUACCCUAAUGAAAUGAUUGCUACACGUCGUGGAUCUCCUCUCCUUGUUGGUGUCAAGACUGCGAAGAAGCUCAAGGUCGACUUUGUUGAUGUUGAAUUCGGUGGUGGUGAUUCUCCUGACAAGAUGGCUGAAGAGGAAGGUGGAUUACUAUCUCCUCAAGACCCAACUCAUCCAAAGAUUCGUCGCAACCAAUCACGAACAUUCUUGACCGAAGAUGGUACUGCUCAGCCUAUCGAGUACUUCUUGGCUUCUGACCCUUCAGCCAUUGUUGAACACACCAAGCGAGUCUUGUACUUGGAAGAUGAUGAUAUUGCUCACAUCAAAGACGGAGAACUCCACAUUCACCGUCUUCGUCGUGACGAUGGAAUGUCCUCAAUUCGAUCCAUUCAGACGCUUGAAAUGGAAAUUGCUGAAAUCAUGAAGGGCUCAUUCGACCACUUCAUGCAAAAGGAAAUCUACGAACAACCCGAGUCCGUAGUCAACACUAUGCGUGGUCGAGUCAACUUUGACACCAAAAAAGUGACUCUUGGUGGUCUCAAGUCCUACUUGGCUACUAUUCGAAGAUGCCGUCGUAUCGUCUUUACAGCUUGUGGUACCUCAUUCCACUCAUGUUUGGCUACUCGUGCCAUCUUUGAAGAAUUGACUGAAAUUCCAGUCUCCAUUGAAUUGGCAUCAGACUUCCUCGAUCGUCGUACACCCAUUUUCCGUGACGAUGUGUGUGUCUUUGUCUCCCAAUCUGGAGAAACCGCCGAUACCAUCUUGGCACUACGAUACUGUCUUGAACGUGGUGCUCUCUGUGUCGGUGUAACAAACACUGUUGGGUCCAGUAUUUCUCGUGAAACUCAUUGCGGUGUUCACAUCAACGCUGGUCCUGAAAUCGGUGUUGCAUCAACCAAAGCCUACACAUCUCAAUUCAUCGCCCUGAUCAUGAUGGCUCUUCAACUAUCUGAAGACCGUAUCUCAAUGACUUCUCGUCGUAACGAAAUAAUUGAAGAUUUGGGCAACUUGCCACGAUACAUCAAGGAGACCUUGGCCUUUGACAAGGACUUACAAAAGAUGGCCAAGGAAGUACUAUUCAAGGAAAAGAGUCUUUUGAUUAUGGGUCGUGGAUACCAACAUGCUACUUGUUUGGAAGGUGCUUUGAAGAUUAAGGAAGUCUCUUAUAUGCACUCUGAAGGUAUCUUGGCAGGAGAAUUGAAGCAUGGACCACUUGCCCUGGUUGAUGAGCACAUGCCCGUCAUCCUCAUCAUGACCAAGGACUCUCUCUACCCCAAGGUUGGAUCAGCUCUACAACAAGUCACAGCUCGUAAAGGAGAGCCCAUCAUUAUCUGCAAUACUGGAGACAACAAUAUUCCCACUCAAUUCCGAACUAUUCGAGUACCACAAGUUGUCGAUUGUUUGCAAGGAAUUGUGACUGUUGUUCCAUUGCAAUUGUUGAGUUACCAUCUCGCUGUCAUGCACGGUGUUGAUGUUGACUUCCCACGAAACUUGGCCAAGUCCGUGACUGUCGAGUAA